CACCCAGGGCUUUAUCUCUGCAAAGUACAAGUGUCUGUGCUUCCUGCUCUCUCAGCCUGAAUGGCUCUGCCGCUGCUCCUGGGGUCCUGCUGCUAGCCCCCCGGCACUCUCUCUUCCCUGCCCAUCCCCCUGCUUCCCAUCAUGCCCUGCUGCUGCCCAAGGCUGGAUACCUGCAAGGUGCCCGUGCCAGUCACCCCCAUCCUUCUGCUCAUCUACAUCUGUUACUUACUGGUGGGGGCCGCCGUCUUCUGGGCCCUUGAGAGCCAAACUGAGGUGGAGCAGAGCGUCUCCUUCCAGCAGGACAAGUGGGAGCUGCUCCGGAACUUCACCUGCAUGGACAACCGGACCCUGGAGCUGUUCAUUAAGACAGUCAUUGGUGCCUAUAAGAGCGGAAUCAGCCCCGAGGGGAACAGCAGUAACUUGGGCUCCUGGAGCUUCGGGGGCUCCUUCUUCUUCUCCGUCACAGUCGUAACCACCAUUGGUUACGGGAAUCUGUGCCCCAGCACUGCGGGCGCCCGGGCCUUCUGUGUCGUCUACGCGCUGUUUGGGAUCCCGCUGAACCUCAUUCUGUUGAACCGCAUUGGGCAGAAGAUGCUCUCAUUGGUUCAUCGCUGCGGUGACGUUGUGGGAAAGAGAAUCCGGCGCCAGAGACUGACCAAGUUGGUGACGAGUGGAUCGGCGCUGCUGAUUGGGCUCCUACUCUUCAUGCUGUUGCCCCCCGUGCUCUUUAGGGCAGUAGAAGGCUGGACGUACGGGGAGGGGCUCUACUACUCCUUCAUCACUCUCGCCACCAUCGGCUUCGGGGACUACGUGGUCGGGCGGAACCCAGACAAGCAGUACCCCAACUGGUACCGGAACCUGCUGUCAGUGUGGAUCCUGUUUGGGCUGGCAUGGCUGGCGCUGGGUAUAAACGCGGGCGCAGACGCGCUGGAGCACUGCAGGGAGAGGUGCCCGUGCCGCAGGAAAAGUAAGAACCAGGCAGCAGGGGAGGAGCUUAUGGACCCGGGGGGGGAGGGGUCAUUAUGUUGCACAAAACAGAGCGAAGACUCAGCGAGUAACGAGACCCGAGCGAUGGAUCAGCGCGACGCCGACACCAGCGAAUCAUCCGGCAGCGACAAACUGAAACAUGAACAGUGAAUGAGGGACAGCGGCAGCGCCACCGGGUCACUAACUGGCGCUAAACUGCCCCCCUAGCCUGUGAAACUAACACUCUGAUUGGUUGCUAUGGGUAAAUUAGCCCCAGUAACCAUCUGAUUGAUUGGUUGCUAUGGGUAAAUUAGCCCCAGUAACCAUCUGAUUGGUUGCUAAGGGUAAAUUAGCCCCAGUAAC